UUCUCGUGCUGACUUGCACGUGCCGAAUGUCGGGAGAAAUGGCUGUCGGGUCAACCAACAUGAAAUGCAUUGAUGUACAACCAAACCUUAAAAAAAAAAAAAUCUAUCUAUUAUAUGCUUUGAAUAUUUGUCUGUGGAGAUGUGAUGUUCUAUUCAGUUCUUAUUAUACAGUGCAUAAAUUCGAAAUAAGUUUUUAUUUACUGAAGUAUAACAGCAUCCUUCAGAUUUUGAAAAUCAACAAUUAACCAAAAGAGCAUAUGCGCGAAAUUUUAUAAAACAAUAUUAUAAAACUUUUACAUGAUGCAUAAAUUACGAGCAUGAUAACACAGAAUUUCUCAAAUAAAUUGCUCAAAAUGUGCACAAGCCAGGCUUUUUUCACUUUUACUGGUUCUCACUUAACAAGGCUGUGCAAUCAGAAACUUAAAAAAAAAAAAAUCAAUUAAUGUGAUGGAUUAAAUUCACUCAGCACACUCAGAGCGCUCUGGGUUCUCCUUAAGACAAAAACAUUCUGUCGUGAAUAAUUCAUACUCUGUUCUAAAGGUCAUUGAGUCGCAUUGUGAAGUUGUCCAUUUGACUAGUCAACUAGUCUGUGCAAGCCCUAACAUUGAAAAUAUACACAUAGAGUAUAUCUGUCAAAGCACUCACAGAAACGUUGGCCAGACUCACACUGUAAACGAUGUGACCCAUCACAGAUGCGGCAAUGGUUCACUUGGUGAAAGAUUUGUGUCCUGUUCUAACUGCUAAAAAUGAUUCCUUUUCGAUCUGCAUUACAAGUCUUACGAUUUUUUUUUCCCGAACACCGCCAAUCUUCACACGUACGCAUAUUGUAACAAAACAGUGCCACAAAAAAUAAAAAAAGUUAUUUGCAACAAGUGAGUUACAUUGCAUUAUACCUCACUGCAGCUCCCAGCAGCAGUUUUUUUUAACUGUGUUUAUAUGCUGCUUUUUUUUUUUUUUUUACCAUAACUUUAAACCGGACGAGUUGUGUGCAUUUUCUUACAGUUGCUAGAACAGAACUGUAACCUUUGUAAUCGUUUUACUCAGAAGUGUUGUUCCUUUUAUUGUCAUUUGUAUUGUAAAACUAAGAAUGGACGGACGGACUGAUGAUGAAUGGAUGGUCAGUCCGAUUUUUAACCCAGCAGUUCCCAAGUAAGUUAUUAAAAGCUUAAAAACAAAGUGACAUUCUUGCAAAUGAGGAGUGUAAAGAUUUUUUUUCCAGGAGUGUAAACUCAACUCAUACUCAACGGUAUGUGAUCUAUGCAGCCUUGCUGCCACUGGUCCCACCCUCCAAUAAACCCACUGACGCUCAGUGAACAAUCCAAUACAGUAUGCAGAGUAGCAUGCGUAUGUGCAGUCAUGUGCAUGUGAAACAAGAAAGGGUGAAGAAGGGGGUUGGAGGCGAGGCUCCUUUACAGUCCCUGCAUCGCUUGUGUGCAUUGUAAAUGUUUGGUUACAUUCGCAGCAGCAUGCCUGUGCCUGUAAUGAGAAACAGGCAUUGGAAGGGAAGGGAGAAGGUAAAGAAAAGGAGCAAAAAGCAAAAGCACAUUGAGGGGGUGGGGAGAGAGUGAGAUCAGAUGACCUUGAUGCCAUUAGACUUCAGGGCAAUGAAGCUUGGGGGAGGGGCAAUUUUAUGUAUAGUGGUCAAUGGAAUCGGCAGUGGAGAGAGAAUAAUCCGGUUGACGCUAUAUGAGUGGAGGAGGAGCUUGGACAUGCUUGAUGUGACUGUGAUGCUCAUGUGAGGUUUUAUUGGCUACUAGGAAAGGAUACAAACAAUUCACAAACUUGCAGGUCCAAACAAGUGAUGAAAGACGGUACAAAACUACAGAAAUUUCAAUGCACAAAUGAAACUAGGGAGCUAAAAAUAGUCAGACCUCCCACUGCUGUUGCAAACAAUAACUUCAACUCAGCUCUGGUGUUUUAGGGGAUUUAUGCCAGCAGUCAUUUGGAAGAAAAGAUGACUCAGGCUUAGUCAUAUGCAAGUCAAACCAACACACUGUUCAGAACUCGUGUUGUCAGUCAUGCCUCCUACCUUUCCUGUGCGCUGCUGAGAAAAGCAGAAUGACAAAGAGAAACAAAGAAAAGGCAAUCGAAGAAAAGCAGUGAAAGGAGAGCAGCUUGUACAAAUGAGUGCUGGUCGGACCAAAUCAUGGGCUGGGAUUCCUGUUAGAAUUACAAUCGCUGCCAGGUUACAGCGACUUUACUACUGUACACAAAGUCACUUCAUUGGAUGGCCCCAGAGGUGGAGACCAGAUGGAAAUUGGGUCACAUGACCGCCUCCAGGAAGGCGUGCUGAGCCUGGAACUGUCCAAUGGGGUGAAUUGCUACCCUAACGACGAGGCAUCUAAGAAAACUGAGCAGAAGAGGGAAGCAGAUGGACCACAAAAGCAGUCCUGGGUACCAACACUUGGCAAAGUUGAACAGCAACCAUCAUUGAAACAUAACAGCCGUUAUGCAAACCCAAGAAAACCUGUCCACCAUGUGGACAUGGAAGAUGCUCACAAUCUGGUCACUUUUUCUGCCAUUGCCGGUAACUUACCUCCUUCCUCCACCUCUUCCUGCAUCCAAAUGCAACCUGACAUGAUGCAGCUGUAUGAGAAAUUCACCCGGGAAAUGGGUGCCGGCGGGGCUCGGGUUGGAAACUCUGCAGAGGCGAUUAAUAUAGGCCACCUACCUGCAGAAGACAUGAAAACGUUGCAAAAGGCACUGAACCAUGCAAAACAUGGUCACAAGCCUCCUAACUGCGACUGUGAUGGGCCUGAUUGUCCAGACUACCUUGAGUGGCUGGAGAAGAAGAUUAAGUUGGCAACCAGUGAGAAUCAAGACACCAGCAAGAGGACUGAUUUGCCACAUUUACAUUCGAACAUUCAGCAAUCCCAUCUGCAGGAUCAGCCCUUUCUCCAGGCAAAUGGUGGCCACCGCCACUUGACUCCUUCAUACCCCCAGCAACAACAACAAACACAAGGUCCUCAUGCUGGCCAAGCACCCUGCUCAAAACUUCCUCCAAUUCCCUGCUCUCCCCAGGUGCUCUCUAUAGCCAAGGAAAGGAAUGUCAGUCUUCAAACAGCUAUUGCCAUAGAAGCCCUUACACAGUUAUCUGGAACUGGGACUCAUGGUGCUGGUGCUCCAGAUCAAGCCCUCUUUAAUAACAACCUCUAUCAUCACCAACAUAGCCCAAACCUCACAUCUCCACCUCCAAAUUGCACUAACUUGAUUCCAUCCUCUGCAGUUACCUGUCCAUCAUCACGCUCUCAGUCCGUCCCUCCAGGAUUACACACUGACCAGCAGGCAGCAGUGUCCUGUGAGCACCACAGGCCCCAAUCCCAGGGUCAGCCACCCCAUGCUUCUACCUCUCCCUUUCCAGGACAGGGAAAUCCUCAGAGUUUUGGCCGGAGUCCCGAGCAGUGGGUACAGGGCACACAUGGAGGUUCCGAAGAGCUCCUGUCCCGCUAUGCUGGUACAACUUAUUCUAGAUCAGACCCGAUGUCAGAGCUCAAACAGCUUCUGGGUGACAGCAGUCGAAAGUUCGUAAAUACAUCUUUCAAGCUCUCAUCCACACAGCAUCUUACGGAGAACGGAAUCAUGCAGGCACAGGGCAAGCCAUCUUUGCCCAGGAUCAAGCAAGAGUCAGACUUUGGUGAUCAUUCUCCAUCCAUGGGACAUUAUAACAUGGACAAUGGUCAGUUGCAAGUUGGCCAAUACCCUGGUGCUCCCAUGUCUCCUGGUCAAGCAGCCAUUAGACACUCAACUCAGGCAGCUCUGCAACAGCACCUUCACUACAAGAGGAACCUCUUCUCUAGUCAUUCCCCUGGCUUUGGCGCAUCGGGCCCUGCGCCUUUCCAAAAUGUAAAAAAAUGGUGGCCCCAGAUGGAAGCCAAUGGUUUCACUCAUAUGAGCAUAAAACAGGAGCCCAAGCAACCCAAGAGGAAAAAAAUCAGCCAAGGAUCUCCUGUCAUCAAAAGUAUGAGUGGGACGCUCUCAGGCUCUCUUCUUCCUAAAUCCAAACAGAUUAUAAUCAAGAAGACCAAGCAAAAAGCCUCUGUGCCAACGUUCCUGCCUAAGAGUCAGAUAACUGUGGAUAAAACGGCAGUCCUUAUGAUGGGCCGAGCCAACACCCUGAACGACCUGCAACCACAUUCACUGCCCCUCUUACCCUCCCAUAGUAACUCCACUCAGGCGGCUGCUGCAGGCCUCCCUGCACCAGCCCAAUCUCAGGUAUCAAAUGCUAACCUCUCAAUGGCUCCCUCUUCCACAAAUUCUGCAUUGUCAGUGAGCAAUUCCACCCAAAUGGUCUCUUUUUCCCCACAAAUGGCCCAUGGAGCCCAUGCCAAGUCAAAAGAAGUGGAUAGUUUAGUCCAUACCAAUGCUAACAUUGCCUCAGCUCUGACCUCCACAUCCAUACCAAACACAACACAAUUACCGGGUCUCAUAAACGUAGACCCUAAGUAUGAAGAACUGAUACUGCAGUUUGAAGCAGAAUUUGGAGACACAGCUGCAGACACACCUUCCGGCAAAGCCAAGUCUGAAGCAGUUACAGCUUCGCGGAUAAUGAAUCAGUCCCAGACCAGUACGCAGGAUCUCACAUCAUCUAUCACCCAUAAUCAGCCAUCCUUCAAUAGCGCUGCACCUCGUGUGAACAAUAAAGAGAUGGAUGGCGACAAAGAUGAGUUUGGAGCCCCAGCUGAACUUACCCCAAAUGAAGCAUCUACAGUGACUCCAGUGAAGGAGCAGCAGGAGCCCCUAUCCAGCAUCCCUCAAAAUUCGCACACCCCACUUGAUAAGCAUCCUCAACAUGGUCAGACACAGGAAACCUUCAACGUACCAUGUUCCCCCAUGCCUAAACGAAUGAAAAUCCAAGCCACGGGUGAUGUGGCUGUUCUCUCCACCACUUGCUACUCUGAGGAGGACACGCCCACUAAGGAUGGUCUGUCCUUCUCUCCAUCUUUGAAAGGGUUCUUAGAGUCCCCACUAAAAUAUUUAGACACACCCACCAGGAGCUUGUUGGAUACACCUUCUAAAGAUCUGCAGGCGGAUUUACCUACUUGCACCUGUGUGGAACAAACUCUGGUGAAAGAUGAAGGGCCCGACUACAAUCACUUGGGAUCUGGACCCACUGUGGCUUCCAUACGAGACCUGAUGGAGACACGGUAUGGUGAAAAAGGAGAGGCCGUUCGGAUAGAGAAAGUGGUGUACACCGGUAGAGAGGGGAAAAGCUCAAGAGGUUGCCCAAUUGCCAAAUGGGUGAUUCGUCGUGGGAGUGAGAAAGAAAAGCUGCUGUGUCUGGUGCGCCAUCGUGCGGGCCACUAUUGUGCAAAUGCAGUCAUCAUCAUCCUCAUCAUGGCCUGGGAAGGUGUCCCACGGUCUAUGGCUGACACAUUGUACCGCGAGAUCAGCGACACGCUCACCAAAUUUGGAAACCCCACCAGUAGACGCUGCGGCCUCAAUGAUGAUCGUACAUGCGCAUGCCAAGGCAAGGAUCCUGACACCUGCGGUGCUUCCUUUUCCUUCGGCUGCUCUUGGAGCAUGUACUUCAAUGGCUGUAAAUACGCCCGAAGCAAAGUACCGCGCAAGUUCCGGCUACAAGGAGACCACCCUGAAGAGGAGAACAAACUCAGGGAUCAAUUCCAGAAUCUGGCCACUGAGGUGGCUCCAUUGUACAAGAGGCUGGCUCCUCAAGCCUACAGCAACCAGUGUCAAUCAGAGUCGAAGGCUUCAGACUGCAGGCUUGGCUUGAAGGCAGGCAGGCCAUUUGCUGGAGUCACUGCUUGCCUGGACUUCUGUGCCCAUGCCCAUAAGGACCAGCACAACCUAUACAAUGGUUGCACAGUGGUGUGCACUUUGACCAAGGAGGACAACCGCAUGGUGGGGGGGAUCCCUCCAGAUGAACAGCUCCAUGUCUUGCCUCUCUACAAAAUCUCCACCACGGAUGAAUUUGGCAGCGAGGAGGGCCAGGAACUCAAGAUGAAGACGGGAGCCAUUCAGGUGCUUCAGGCUUUCCGCCGAGAAGUACGCAAGUUGCCCGAACCAGCCAAGUCGUGCCGUCAGCGCCGCCUAGACGCCAAGAAAGCUGCGUCAGAAAAGAAGAAGAGUAAACUGCAGCAGAAGGCAGCAGAGACCCCAGAGAAGACGGUGGCUAAAAGCGAAGUAUUGUUCAGUGAGUCUCCUCAACACCCAGGAAAUAAAGCAAUUAUAAAACAGGAGGUUUUGCCCAACAUUAAAAAGGAGCCUUUAAAUGGAUCAAUGGAUGGACACGCUUUGCAAGCAGCAGAUGCAAUCAAGACCAUGUGCCCACAUCCUGCCUACUAUGCAAGGGGAGGCCUCCCCACAACUGGCCAGCCCUCAGCAGGAGACCCAGUGAAUGGCUAUAACCACAAUCUGCCAGCAUCACACUACGGCUUCUAUAACUACCCCUCCAAUGCACUUUUUGGACCCAAGAUGAGAACCUAUGAGGGUCGAAAUGGUUCUUUGUCCAACGCAGGGAGGAUGACUUUCCAGGUAGACAAAAAGCCUGAUAGUCGCAGCCUUCAAGCUAGACCGGCCCAUUCUUAUCCUGGCCAUUUAGAGCAACCCGACCAAUUUAAUAGCCAGUCUUCAGUCUCCAACCAGUCACGUCCUUCUUCUGUCUCCUCCGAGGCCUCCAACAGAGGCACUCCAGUCAUCAAGCAGGAGCCAAUGGAUAUGCCAGUCUGUGAGGACACAGCUUCACCCUGUGACACCCCCCAACCUUCGACUCCCUGGCCUGGAAACAGGUUUGAUGGGAACGUUGCUCCCAUGAACUGGGAUCAUCACAAUACAAAACAACGGCCAGAAAAUUCCUUUGCUCAUGAAGAAAAGCCGAUGAUCCACCAGCAGCAAGCAUCUCCUUACCCCCAACCGUGGACAGCCUUCCCUGGUUCCAAUUCCCGCACUGCUGCUUCACCAGUUUCUCAUGUACCUCCCUCCUCCUCCCCUCAUUUAGGUGUCCUGGGUAACAUACACCAAGGAUCUCCGCGUCCAACCACCCCCCGCCCGAGCACCCCUCACCCAGGGACACCACAGCCAGGUCUCCCUCACCCGUUCUUACUUCCACACAUAGGCAAUUCUCAAUCCCCCUCGCAUACACCGCAGCCUGCCACUCCCAGGCAAUGGGCCAGCCCUGCCCCAAGUCCCGAGCCAACCUCUUGGGCUAUGGGACAUGGAACAUACAGCCCUGGUUUGAAGCACAGCAAUCCUGCCGGCGCCUACCCAGACAAGAUGUGGUCCAAAACCGGUGAAAGUCGCUGUUCCACCCCCCUCGGAGUUCAAGAGAAAUCCUGGAAAUCUUGUGGAGGCUCAGUGGCAGGCAGUACACCAUCUCCCACCCCUGAGGGGCGCCUCUUCCCCGAUGCACUGCAACAGUCCGAUCAGGCUUGCUGGGACCACAGUCGAGCCGAGAGUGAUGGCCAGAGCUUCAAGGGCCGCGAGAGAGACGACAACGAGGUGUGGUCUGACAGUGAGCACAAUUUCCUCGAUCCCAACAUCGGAGGCGUCGCCGUGGCACCGGCCCACGGGUCCAUACUGAUUGAAUGCGCUCGUCGGGAACUACAUGCUACCACUCCUCUCAAAAAGCCAGAUCGCUCCCACCCCUCUCGCAUCUCUCUGGUCUUCUAUCAGCACAAAAACCUCCAACAGCCCAUGCACGGCCUGGCACUGUGGGAGGCCAAAAUGAAGAUGCUGGCAGAGGAGGCGCGCCAGAGGCAGCAGGAAGCAGCUCGGCUGGGCCUUUCCCAGGAGGAAAUUAAGGCGCUCAGCAAGAAACGCAAAUGGGGGUCCAUGGCGGCAGGGGCCAUGUUAGGUGCUGGACAAUCGAAAGACAAGAGGGAGGGGCCAGUAACACGGCUAGCUCCCACUCUCCACACCACCUCAAUCGUUGACGUGUCUCCCUAUGCCUUCACGCAGCCCACUGGGCCAUACAGCCACUUUGUGUGACGUCAGCCACCAACGGAACGGAACGAUAGCAGUGGUGAUGCCAGGUAGCGGGAUGAGCAAGAUGAAUGUCUCUCGCAUGUCACACAGUCUGCCAUCUCUCCAUCUUCCCCCUCUGCAGUCCACACCCACAAGUGGGGACACGUUUAUUGUUGUUUUUUACCUCAUGUCAGGCAGCGUGUGGCCUUUCGACACGCGCGCUACCUGUGGUGCUCUUCCUCUCUCUUCCCUGGAGGGGAACUCCAUUGUUUUUUCUUGUUUAUAGAAUUCUAAUGAUUCUAGAUAUUGCUAUUAUUAUCUAUAUUAUUAUGGUUGCAAUUGUUACUGUUAAUGUUGUUAUUACAGGUAUUAUGAUGAAGAAUUGUUCUUUUUUCAUCAUGGUUGUUUUCAAUAAUGUUAUUAUUAAUGACGUGAUUGUUUUUUGUUCAGUCUAUUUUGAUGCCAGUCUGAAUAUGUCAGACUUUUUUUUUUGGUCCAUGUUCGGAAAACCUUUUCUCUCUUUGUCAAUCUUCCAGCUGUGUUGAAAGGAGGAGCCGUUAUCGGCCUGACAAGAGAUUAUCUCUCGCUGGUACGAGUUAGAGGAGAGGUUUGCUCAAAUUUUCGUGGAAAAUUUGGUUUCACAUCAACCACGUAAAAAUUGUGACAAAAAAGUGUUUCACAGGAAUGCCCUUUAUGUUUUUAUUUACACUGUUGACAGAAUUCUGCCAGCAUGAGAAAAACUAAAACAUUUUCUUAAUUUUUCUUUAAACUGAGGGGGGUGAAAGUGGUUGGAAUUAGAAAAAGUUUUUUUUUUUGUCCUGGUACUGUGGUUUUCUGCUCCAUCCCAGAAAACAUCUCUCUCACAUUGGGUUGUUUGAACACAUUGGAAACGAGGGUAGGUGCAUCUUAAUUUUUAGGACGAGCUUCUCUUGUCAUUCCUUAACGUGCUCCUCCUCCUCCUAUUCUACACCCCAGCAGCUUAAGACCGGUGCUCAACUUCCAGCUCUGAUGGACUUUCAUUCCACUCCUCUUAUGCUGUACUUCGGUGCUCUAACAGAAAUUGAAGUCAUGUAGUUUGUGAGGGAAAAUAUUCUCAUCUACUACACAACAAUGAGUGUGCUUUUUUGUGCUUACCUUAUUCGCUCAGUCCACCUGAUCCCAGGUCUGUAUUUACUACAUGGUCAACUUCCCCAGCAAAGAGUGAACACUUUGAGGUGUAAACUCUAGAGGGCAGACUUGACUGCUUUUUCAAAGCCACAUGUUCAGAGACUUGCUAGCACUUGGACUGAGUUCCAUUCAGAAGUCGGUAUAGCCUUCCCUUGCUGCAUGAACCUUCCACGGCCAGGCCGGCGGAGGGUUCGCUGACCUCUGACAGGUUCACAAAAGGCCGUGAUGAUCUUUGUCCUAUUAAAGCUCAAAUGUGAAACGAUUCUGGAGAAAACUUGGGUUCCAACAUAAGGUUGGUGCUCCAUACAUAUACUUUGGUGCUCACCUACAACACUUGAUUUACUGUGAAGGCCCGACCUCGUGUCUGCAUGGUGCUGUCAUCUUCUAGCAGAAUACGACGGGUCUUUCUGCAGGCUCCUCGUUCUCAUUAGUUGUUGGUUUCCGGCGGCGGGGCGUCUGGGAGUUGGUACCUCAUGCAUCGAGUCUAUCAACUCUCACUUUGCAUGUGUGUUUGUGUAAAAGAGCCAAAGAGUGAGACACAUGGAUGGCGUCUCUUAAAUUGCGUAGUUCAUCCCCAUUAACCAUGCUUUCAAAAGUGGACAUGAGGUUUUGUCACAAAAAAGUCGAAUGACUUCAUGCAGGCUGGCUCCCGGUCGCUGUGCCGUCUUUGGGGUCACGACACUUUCCAUCUGCGAAAAGACCUUUCUGGUCUCCUGCUCUCUACCUCGUGCUGUAGAGACACUGGUCACAAUCACAACUUGCUACUGAGGGCGGAGAAUCAUGCAUGUACCCUUUGUGUGUUCAAGAUCCCCACAAUCACUUUACCCUUUUUUUUGGUUUACUUUUAUUUAUUAAUGGUGAUAAUAAUGAUUGUCUUUUUUUUUUCAAGUUUAUAUAGCUAAUACAAAUUGUACAUAGAGAAGAACAGAUUUAUAAAAGCACUUUUAAACUUGAUUUUAAUGACAAAAGAAAGACGAUUAUUGACAACUUGAAGGGUAGUUUUUUUUUUAUUAUUAUUUUCUGAAGAGAAGUACAAAUGUAAAUAGUAAAAUAUUUAGGUAAAACUAUUUAACGGGUGAGGAUAGUGUGUGGAUCCUGAAAGUGUAGGGGGGUAUUUUGACAACAGUACACUUGUUCCCUGUGUUUUGUGUGUACAUGUAUGCCUAGUAACUCUUUGUUCUACUCUCACAAGUACUGUAACUGUAUCCUAAGUCAGCCUGUAACCGGUUAAAGAAUUGUUACUGGCGCAGUUAAAAUGUCCAAUUUAGAUUGCAGAACUGGAGAGUAGUACACUUUUAAAUGUAAACCCCAAACCUGCACAAGUGUCUCAAGUCACUUUGCUUGCCAUCAAAAUUCACAAAUGUUUUCCCCCAAUAGUAACAAAACUCCCCUACUGUUAAAGCUGACUUGUAUGCAAGCAUUCUGUUAUUAUUAUUGUCACUAAAGAAUCCAAACUAAAGUUUAAACUAGAAAAUGGGACCAUGCCUUAAUUAACGAGUUUUGGAGUUCCUGAUAGGUCAGGUGGGUUUCCCUAAAUGUCACUGGGGCUGUUUUGGGUUUUUUUUCCUCCCAGGUUUUGUCUUAACAUUCAAGCGUGAUUAUAAAUGACUGGUGGAGGGAUUGCAAGUGUUUUCAACCUAUAAGCAAGUAACCAUAUUCAAAAGAGGGGCUUUAGGAAACACGCUGGUGUCUGCAGAUGCAAUUUGAACCUUAGGUUGUGGGGUGUGUUCACUGCUUUUUUAAACCCAAUCUGUUAUUACCUAAUGUAGAGUAGUUCUCAAAUACGCUGUCUGCCUUUGUGAUAAACUUUGUUUUCUUUUAAUAAUUCCUUGUUCACCAUACACCUUGUCAGUGAUUUAGAUUACUUUUUUUUUUUUACGGAAUCAUCAAUGUUGUUUUUCAACCACUAUUAAUAGCCCUCAUCACAUACUUGCAUACAAUGAACAUUUUGAAAUACAUUAGAAUUUUGGUUAGGCUCUGAGAGUCGGUGCUACAACACACAAUUGAUAAGUCACUGUGCAAGCUAUUACUUAGUUAGCCCAAACUUCUCUCACCCCCUGAAAAUGUCAAGAAUAAUGGUUGAAGGGUUUUCGGAAUCUCAAACUUGAAUGGUGCUGAGGAUUUGAAAUGCUGCACAACCUUUUGUACCCUCAAUUCUGCUAAGGACAAGCGAUAUAGGAAAUGAUAGGCAGUGUUUUAUAGUAGCGGGGCACUCUACUUGUAUUGUUCAUUUCAUACAGUACUGUACUUGAACUCCUUUAUUCUUAGACAAUAAUUCAGCUUGUAUUAUGUGGAAAAUCUUAUUUGGAUUUUAUGUUUGGUACAUCACAUGAAAAUGACCCCUUUUAGGAUGUUAUUGUGAAUGUUCCCGUGAAGAGUGCUGAGAUGUUUGAACAAGAGGAAUCAAAACUGUGUACUGCCUCCUCUAUCUACUUAAUUAAACCUGUUUGUGUAUUUCGUCUUUUGUGGACACACGCACAUAGUUAGACGUUUGCAUCACACUGUGCAUGGCCUACUUUUACAAGUCCAUUAAACACCUAAUUUAAUGAAACUCAAAAAUUGUGAAAAGCAUCAGAGAACAGUAAUACAAAUUUAAAAAAAAAAAAUCUAUGCGCAUAACUGGCAGCUACAUUCCUUUUUCAAGUUUUUUGAUUGUUCUUGUUUUAUUUUCCAUCUUAAGGAUGCAGUAUGUAAAAAGUGGUUUUGUUCUCUCUUUGUAGCUGUGUAUGGUGUAUUAUGUGAAUAAAUAGUGUAUUUGGUAAAGUACCACAAUAUUGUUUUAUGUUGCGCUAUAAAUAAAAAAAAAAAUCGAAGUGA